CCCCGCCCCCUUACCUCCACACCAUGAUGCAUCGCCUUCCGCGGGCUUCGCGCGUACUUUCUGGGCCCGCCAGGGCGGCCCGCACCCUCAUCGGCCCGGGCGCCGCACAGUGCGCCAUUCGCGGGCUGGCCACCACGACCGCCGGGGCGCCAGCCGCGGGGUCCCUGCCCGCGUCGCACUUUGUCCCGGCCGACCCGCGGGUCCUCCCUCGCGACGAUUUGACCCCUCUCUGGAAGGCCCAGUCGCACCUGCCGCCGCUCCCCCUGCACCGGCUCGAGCAGUCCGUGCGCGGGGUGCUGAGCAAUGUGGACGCCCUUCUCGGCCCGGCCGCCGUGGCCGAGGUCGUUCCCCUCGCCGAGACCUUCACCGAUGAGGAUGGCCUGGGGCCGGAGCUCCAUGCGCGACUUGAACGCCUGGCUCAGACCGAGCCCGGGAACAAUUGGUUCCUGCGCUUCUGGAACCAGCAUGCCUACUUCCAGCCCCGGGCCUCGCUUCCCACCAAUGUCAGCUACUUUUACUCGUACACGGAUGACCAAUCCUUCCGGACCCCCCUGGCCCGGGCGGCCAGCCUCGCGCACCGUGCCCUCCAAUUCCGCUGGGCUCUGGACCAGAAGCUUUAUCCGGCGGAGUAUACGCGCGAUGGCAAGCCCCUGUGCAUGCUGCAGUUCCACCACCUGCUCAAUAGCUGCCGCAUUCCGCGCCCCGGAGCUGACACCUUUGUGCAGCGUGACCGCGCGGUGCCAGGCAACCACCUUGGGCUGGUGGUUUUGCGCGGGGGCCACGUCUUCCACCUGGACCUCAUCUGCCCAGAUACCGGGGUUAUGUUCCCCGAGUCGACCCUGGCCAAAUCGCUCGAGACCAUCACCGAGCGCGCCGGCCAACUGGGCCCGGCCAAGUAUCCCAUCGGCCUGCUGACGGCCAUCGACCGGGACCAAAGCGCGAAGGGGCUCGACCUCCUGGAGCAAGCUUCACCCAAAAAUGCCGCGCACCUGGCGUGCGUGCGGAAUGCCGCAUUGGUGCUUUGCCUCGAUGAUACAUCUCCCGACACGCCGGACCAGGUGUGUCGGGAAAUCUGGCACAGCGACGGCCGGAACCGCUUCUACGAUCACAGCGUCCAGAUCAUCUGCUUCGCCAAUGGCAAGGCCGGCCAUAUCAACGAGCACUCCCUGGCCGAUGGCUCGACCUCUAUCCGCGUGGCCGAAGCCGCCACCGGACGCGGACAGGGCGCCGAUCGACUGAAUGAGGCCCAGGCGCUGGGCUUCGACCCGACCGGGGCGACAUCCGGCACUCUGGCCACCAGCUCCCUGCGGGCUCCCCGGCAUCUGGACUUCGAUCUGACCGACGACCUGCGCGCACAAAUCACCACCGCGGCGACGGCCGUGCGGGAGGACGCCGGGCGCCGGGACAUGCGGCAGUUCGACUUCCGGGGCUUCGGCUCGGCGCACAUCAGCAAGCGCCUGCACCAGAGUCCGGAUGCCUUUGUGCAGAUGGCCAUGCAGCUGGCCUACCGGCGUCUGCAUGGCAUGGCCUGCUCCACAUACGAGACCGGCCAAACGCGUCUCUUCGCCGGUGGCCGGACCGAAGCCAUCCGCACGGUCAGCCACGAGUCGGUCAUGUGGACGACGGCCAUGAUGGAUGACACCUUCAAUCCCGAGGUCCGGGCAUACCUCCUGGAUAAUGCCCUCCGUAGGCAUGCUACCACCACCCGGGCCGUGGUCGAGGGCUCCGGCUUUGAUCGGCACCUUUCGGCACUCAAGUAUGUGCUCGAGCCUGGUGAGACGGACCCCUUCCUGGAGAGCGCCAUCCUGGAUGCCUCGCGGCAGUGGACCCUGUCUACCUCGCAGCUGGUUAGCCCAGCUGUUAAUGGCUACGGCUGGGGCCAGGUUUGCGACCAGGGGUAUGGCAUCCCGUACCUGGUGCAGGCGGACUCGCUUCGCUUCAGUGUGGCCUGUCUGUCGGGCUACGCCCGUGCGGCCGACAUGAAUGAGGCCAUCGGCGCCGCGCUCGAGGACAUGAACCAGCUCCUGUUGGCACACCCGCCCCCGGCGCGGGUGUGAGGCCGGGCCCCACCGUUGGCAUCUGCGCCAUGAAUACACCACAGCGACAUCCGGUCCGGU